AUGGUGCAGCCACCCCCAGAACAGGAACUGGAGGACAUGUCAAUAAAAGAACUCGAAGCCAUAAAAACCCAGCUAGACCAAAAGCUCUAUAUCGCGAACCUAAAACAGCAGAUCCUACAAACCCAAGCGCAGCUACAUAGCACAUCAGCGCACGAGAACCAAGACACCAGAACCCCCGACAGCAGCGCUCAUAGAAAAAAGAGACCCCAAACUGAUAUAAUUCCUACAAAGAAGCGCCCCUCAAGAUUCAAAAUAAAGGACCCCUACACCUUCUGGUCCUGGAAGCUCAAGGGACUAGAGGUGCGCUAUGAAGUGUAUAAUUCAGAACUUCUAGUGGUAGUAGAAGCUUUCAAGCAUUGA